UUUGGACAAUAAUCCUAUUCGAGCUUUCGAAAAUGCUUCCGUUUAUUUUCUGAAUUCAAAACCACCAGUGGAUCAUUUGUUAAUUAGUCCGCCUACAAUACAUAUGAAGAAUAAUGCUAUCGCCAGUGAAAGUACAUCGAAUGGUGUUGUUAAUAUGAAUUUAGAGAUAUCAAAUCAUGCAGAUAGUGCAAUACACACUUCAAAUAGUAGUAUUACUAGUAGCAAUAUAAGUAGUAGUAGAUGUAGUAGUCCUACAACAACAACAACAACAACUACUAGUGCUAGUAGUAGUAAUAGUAAUGGAAGUAUUGAAAACACGAAUACUCCUUCGACGACGCUAACUAUCAGGACUACGACUGCGCCGCAUACGUCUGCUACAACUCCUCCUCCUGGGCAUAACACGAAUAGUAAUGCCGAGGAUGCUGAUGUUACCAUGUGUAUAUGUCCAGUGUGUGGUUUCUCUGCAUCAUCACCACGACGGCAAGAUGAACAUAUGGAAUUAGUUCAUGGAGAAGUAUGUACUACUAUGGCGGCGACGGCUUCGGUGGCGGCGGAGACAACAACAAGUGUACAACAUUCUCAAAAUUCAUCAAUCCUUCAACAAGUCACAGAAAAUAAUCCUAAUAAUAAUCAUCAUUCGACUUAUGAUUCUUACGAUUAUUAUUAUUAUCAACAAGGAAAACAACAACAACAUCAGCAGAAGCGGCAACAGGCUGAUGAACAACCAGAACUUCAACACAGCAACUAUACUUCAUCGUCUUCAUGUAAUCCAUUCACUCUACAAGCAGCUUCUACUCCCCAACGUGUUAAAUUAUGGUCUAACCAUGAAUUAUCGAAUCCUUUAUUCCCAUUGAAUGAACAGCUGAAUAUAAUAUCUAGAGAAGGAGCAGAAGAUGGUGUGGAUCAUUCGGAUAGUGUAUCUAAUAAAAAUUAUAUCAUCAAUUCUAGUCUAACAUUAUCUGAUACUACUCAAAUAUCUAAUUUAAAUAGUAGUAAUAGUAAUAAUGACAACACAAAUCUUCCUAUCAUUGAUCCCACCAAUGAUGAAUACCAUUCUUCUGCUUCUUCUUCUUCCACAUCGUUAGACUUUCUCAAAUCUUCCGCAAAAACUUUAAAUAAUCUGCAUAAAUUUAAACAAUCCGAAAAAACAUUGAAAUUAUAUUCACCAGCAAUGAAAAGUGUUCAAUCAACAUCAUCAUCUACGAGAGGAGAUAAAGAGAAAUCAUUACCGUUAGAGUCAUCCAUUUCUCUGUCGACAUCGACAUCGACAUCCACACCUACAUCGUCAUCGUCAACGUCAUUAUCUUCUCCAAUGGCAACGAUGACAAGUAUAACAGCACCAGGGGUGAAGAGUACACCUAUAGUAGGAGAGGAGGAUUUUAGUCAACCUAUUGUUAAAAAGGUUGAUUCAAGAAGACGUUAUCGGUGUAACAUCUGUCCAACAACUUUUCCGUGGCAUGGUGAUUUAACUGAACAUUUACGUUCUGUCCAUGGUAUGCAAAAAUCACGUGAAAAUUCAAGAAAUGGUAAAGCUGGCAGUUUUUGUUGCAGUCAUUGUAAAUAUGUAGCAAAAUAUCAGAGUGAAUUAAAUCGACAUAUGCGAUUACAUUGGGGUGUUAAACCCUUUAUUUGUGUCUUUUGUCCAUAUCGUAGUGCAUGGAAAGGUGAUUUAAAACGUCAUAUGGAAUCACAUCAUAGAGAACGUUUUACAUGUGAAACAGAAUUGAUAAAAAUUAUGUCACAGUUUAAAAAUAAUGCUGGUACACGAUCUGCAUCCGCGUCAGCGAUGACAACAACAACAACGACAACAACUGGUGGUGAAUGUAACAACUCCUCGAAUUACUCGAUUUCACAACUUGAUAUUACCACAGAAAGUAGUGAUGGAGAAAAUCUUAGUGAACAGUACAAUUGUUAUUUACAAAUAGAUGAAGAGGAACAAAUUAUUAACACAAGUAGUGGUACUACUACUACUCUUCCGAAUAUAGUGAGUACUAUUCAUAAAAGUAUUGAUAUCGAAAAUUCAGAGAAUAGUACCAUGGAGAAUGAUAUUAAAGUUAGUAGCAGUAUAAUCAAAUCAGAUGAAAAGGCUUCUAAAGGCAAAAAUUCUUCUGUAUAUAAUGAACAAGGCAAUACUCCUAUGACUGCUCAUCCCUAUAGUACUACUACUACUACAAACACUGCAGUAGUAACAAUGAGCAGUAAUACUGUUGUGAAUGCUACUCUUCAAAGUAAUCUCUACGGAAAUCUAUCACAGAGUUGUCUAUCAUUUACUACAGAUAAUAAUAACAGUAACAACAAUAGCAACCUUACAUGUGAUAUUUGCUCUUAUCAAGCACAGAAUCAAAGUAAAUUAAAAAAUCACAUGGCUAGUCAUAUCAAUUUAAAACAGUUUCAAUGUCCAAUUUGUCGACAACGCAGUAAUUAUAAGUGGGAUAUUACAAAACAUAUGAAAAAACAACAUCCCCAGUGUAAUCAAUUGCCAAUUACAAUAAUUAACACUUCAACUGCCACUGCUACUGCUACUGCGACUGCGACUGCGACUACUACUACCACUACCACUGCAGAGACUGCUGAUGAGGAUAAAUUCCCGUCAUCAUCAUCAUCAUCAGCAGUGUCACCAGUGGCGAUGGUGUCAACGACGUCAUGUCAUCAACUGAGACUGCCACUGACACUUCCAGUAUCAACAUGCAUUUCAUCUUGUUUAUCUUUGUCAACGCCAACUACUUCUACUACUACUACGACAUCUGUGUUAUCUUCGUGUUCUUCAACAAUACAACCAUUCACAUGGAUCGAUUCACAGAUUGUAUCAUUUCUGCCUAUAGGUGGUCAUCAACAGUUUCAACACCAACUGCAACAACAACAGCAACAACAGCAAUUGAAGUUGUUCAGUCAACCACAGUUCACUCCAACACAAUCUCAGAUAUUAUUAUCUGCAUCUGCAUCAGCGUCGGCGUCCUCAUCAUCGAUAUCGUCAAUUUCAUCACCAAAUUCUAAUGCAAGUUGUUUAUCCUUAGUCGAUUGUGAUCAGAAGAAGUACUCGAAGUUGGGUGAAAUUGCUACUAUGCUUGAGAAAGAUCAAUUAACCCCGUUGAAUUUAAUUGCUUCUUCAACAAUGAAACAACAAUCAUCAGUUGGUCAGCAUAACAAUGAUGGGUCUUCUUCUUCUUAUUCGUUAAUAGCUGCAGAGAAAGAGGCUUUAGUUAGUGAUACGGUGCCGAUUGAUCUUUCAAUUGGUUAUUCUCAGAAUCAUAGUAACAGCUUUAAGGCUGAGGAGGAAAUCAAGAAUACUGCGCUAUUGUUUCCACGUGUACAAUCAUCACCGAAAUCCCCAAACUCAUUGAAAUUCUCUAGUGAAGAGUACAUCCAUCAUCAGUAUAAUCAUCCUUUGCCGGGUUUAUCAACAGAAACCAAUUCGAAUACUCUGUACUCUGUAUCCGCAACAAUACCAUCCACCGGUCUGUCUGAUCUUAGAUAUAAUUUCCCAUCUAUUACACAUCCACUGAAUGAUUACAGUAAUAAUAAUAAUAAUACUAAUACUACUACUAAUAAUAAUAGUGUUAAUCCAUCAAUUAUGUCACCAUAUACAAUUGGUUCAUUGAUUUCGGAUCCUUCUUUAAAAGGGAAUGCCUCUUCAGCGGCAGCAACAACAUCAACAACCACAGCAACAGCAACGGCUACAACAACUGCUAUGAAUUUACUAUUCAAUCUGCAACAACAAGUUUUAAUGACAGGCUUACUUCAAACAUGGCAGCAACAACAGCAACACCAACAACAAAACCAACAACAAAGCCAACAAACACAUGAUUUACAUCAGAAUGAUGUUUUAGUGAAUAAAACUGCUUCUGACACAUUGUCGGCACCAUUACCACCAUUACCACCACCAUCAUAUUCAGCGUAUUCAGAUAUUAUCCUAAGUAUGACAACUCCACCAGUGUCUACUACUACUACUGCUGCUACUAUCCUAUCGUCAGUCUCUUCAUCCUCCUCAUCACUGAUACCUACAACGUCUGUCAGUAGUAGUAGUAGUAGUAGUGGAGCAAUAUCUGCCCUCGCAACACCAACGAAUAUGUCAUUUCAAAAUAUAUUCAAGUCAUUAGUUCAUCAACAUCAUCAUCAACAUCAUCAACAAUCCAUAGGAUUACCGACAAUUUCAACAACAAGUCAAAAGGAUACUUGUUUUCUGUCAGAGAUGAAUAUAACUCCAAGUAAUGAACUGUUAAAGUAUACUGUUAAAUCGAAUAAUAAUAAUAAUAGUAAUUCAGUGAACUGUUGGGAAGAUACCACCAGGUCAACAACAUCAGAAUGGUCUUUACCUCCUAUUGUGGAAGUGGAUUCGAUAAAAUCAUCACCGUUAUCACCGUUAUCAUCAACACUGCCUGCAUUAAGUCAAGAACAUCAACGACAUCCUCAACACCACCAUCAUCAUCAGAAGCAGCAGCAACAACAACAACAAACAUUGCAGGUGAAUCGUUUUUUCACACCAGGUGGUGGUGGCGGUAGACGACGUGAAUCCCAUCGUUUAUUGACAACACGAAAUAGUAGUGGACGUAAAUCUGCACCAAUGUCUACAUCAUAUAAUCGUCUUUCAAGUCAAAGUUUUUGUACAUAUACUACUAAUAAUAACAACAACAGUAGAAGUAGUAGUAGUAUGAAUGGUAAUAAUACUACUACUACUAAUAAUAAUAAUGGCAACUCUAAGGAAGAACAAUGGAAACGAUUUCAGUGUUCUGGUUGUGGUCAUCGUUCCAACUGGAAAUGGGACAUCAAUAAGCAUAUAAAAGUUGCUCAUCCAGAACGUACAAAUAUAACAACAAUUACUUUAGAUUUAGAAGAUGCAAAGAAAACAUACAAUGAAUAUAUGAAUCGAAUGAAAUUAUCCCGUAAUCGUUAUCUAAGUGAAUCUAUCCCUGAUAUGUCAACAAAUUCGACUACAUGGAUUGGUGGUAAUGCUGGUAGUUCUGCUAGUGCCAGUGCUGUUGGUACUAAUAGCUUACCUGGAAAUACAACUGAAGGUUAUUAUAGACCGUUUAAAUGUUCAGUUUGUGGUCAUAGAAGUAACUGGAAAUGGGAUGUUGGUAAGCAUAUCAAACAAAUUCAUAAUGGAAAUGGUGAAGUACAAACACUAAGUCUUGAAGAGGCUAGACGUACAAUACAUCAGUAUAAAAAUCGUCGACGACAACAACACCAACAACACCAACAACAACAGCACAUACGUCAAUCGGAAUUAGGCAGUAAAUUUGAACCGAGUAUUUGUAGUUCAUCUGAAUCAAAUAUGAAUUUAUCAUCAUCACCUGUCUCAUUAUUAUUAUCAUCAUCAGUCACUGGUGAUGGUAACACCGAUCACCAUCAUCAACAGCCUGUAUCAUCGAAUGAUGUAAUCAUGCAAGGUGGUGGUGAUGAACAAGAAAUCCGAUCACAUCACGAUGAUGCCGACAAUGUUGAUGCUAAUGAUGAUGACAAUUUAGACGAUGAAGACAGUAGUAGUAAUAGAAAUUCUUUAGCGAAUAAACCUUCUUUAUCUUCACAAUCAAGUCCAUUGAAUUUAGCUAUUGACACUUUAGAGGAUGAUAUUAAUAGUACACAAGAGGAGGAUUGUUGUUGUACUACCGCUGGUGAAAUUAGAAAAUCAUCACAAUUGUCAAAGAAUCCGUUGAAUAAAAAGAAGGCAUUAUUAUUAUUAUUUCGAAAACAUAGACAAUCGAUCAAAUUCACAUGUAAAUUUUGUACAGUUCGACUGCAAUCAUGGAGAUCUGUUAUAUUUCAUGCCUAUACAAGACAUUAUCAACAAAUGACCGCUAAUGGACAAACUAUUGACGAUUUAACAAAAAAGUGUCUUCUGCCACGAAUACAUUUUCCGGUUGGAAACGAUGGUCACAAUGAGCGUCGUGGUUUCAGCUCUUAUGAUAGACAACGAAUAAAAUUGCUUAAACAACAAAAUGGAGCUGUUAUGCGUGGAAUGGUUAAAGAAGACUCGAAGUAUGAAACAGAGAAAAACACUAUUUCCAAGAAAAUGUCGAAUGAUGACUACACCAGUGAACAUUUGAUACAAUCAAUAGAAGAGAAUAACUCAUCUUUUGAAAGUGACCCUAAAAAUCAACACGCCGCUACUACUACUACUAGUCAAACAUCUUCAAAAGGUAAACUGACACGCAUUGAAGAAGAUCAGAAGCACUUGUCCGAGUUUCCCAGUUUCGUUUAUCGUAAUUCAUUAAAAUGUCAUAGAAUUAUAAAUAAACAUUAUCAAAAUCUAAGGCAUGAAUCUCAUUCAACUGAUUUAAAUUCUAAAACGCCUUAUUCAUUCCCCUCGGAACAUGACGAAAAACACCACUAUCAUCAAUCCAGACCAUUUCGAAAUUUGGUUUGUUUAAAUCAACCAAGCGAUGAUGGCGCGAAAAUGAAUUCAAAUUUAAACAGCUUUCAAAGGUCAUCAAGCCAAAAUCAACACACUAGUAGUCAGCAUAUUAUAACAACAAAGAAUAAAACUGGGACAGUUGUACAGUUGGCUAGUUUAUUAGAUGAUGUAUUAAGCUUGCUAAAUAAAUCACAAAUUAAUGAAAGUAGUAACAAUAGUAAUAAUAAUAAUACUAAUAAUAAUGUGAAAUAUUCUAAAAGUGAUAGAAAUGGUGAUGUUGAAGUCAGAAUUAAUCAAGAAGGUGAAUGUCCAAGGGAACAUAACGAUGAUGUAAUCACUCAUCUAACUGAUAUGAUACAUGAAACUGUUGCAAAGAAUGAAAAUCUGCAUUAUACAAAUCAAUUAACCGUGAUAUCAAUGAAUUCAAGUACUAGUUCAAAUGAAGAAAAUCAGCAAGUGAAACAGGAUAGAGAUGAAUCCACCUAUUUUAGUCCAAUUAGUGAAAUUCUAAAACAUCCAGAGAUUGAAAAACGUUUUCUCCGCCUAGCAGAUCUACUCCAUCAAGUAUCACGUGUAAAUCAGUAAGAAUUCCUUUGCAAUCCAUGACAAUCACGCAUACUACUACUACUACUA